CUCAAUCGUUGCUCCCAUGCAUCUCAGAAAGUCUCUAAUCUAUGACAGCAUGAACCAGCUUUAUAUCCUUUUAUUGGCCCUUUGGUCAGCUUUCAAUUCGUUUGAUGCGUGGGACCCAGAUGAACAUACAACAGCAGAUCCAUGGCAGAGAUCCAUGAGCGAGAGUCAUCAACCACUUACAACAGUUGAAGAGACAGAAUAUGAAAAGUUUUGGAAAGAUUUUGAGUAUGAAUAUGAGCUCGAGUCUGACAGUAUGAUCCCCACUGCUCCGGAUGUCCCAGAGCCCAACAUCACAGUGUACCGACAGAUGGAGGACAGAGAGCAUGUGUUCGUGCUGUGCAAGUUUGCCGAAAUGUUUGGAAUGACACACAGAAGGCAGUCUUUUCAGCUGUCUGUGGAAAGUGAACUGAACUACACCAUAGAACCACUGGAAUUCUUUCCUUUUUAUUAUUCCGAUUUGCAUGUGUAUAUGGUCACUGUGAGUCCACCUGCUUCCUUCACCUGUGUGCAUGAGAUUGGUUUUGAUCUAGAUGUCAGGAACCUGAGCAGCCAGACCUACAAUUACAGUGGGUCAGUCUCGGAUCAUCAUGAGGAAGGAGCAUCUUCAUUAUACAUCUGCUUUUCCUCCUUCAUUGCUGUUGGUCUCUCCAUCAUGACUGCAGCAGUGAUCGUGACCAACAUCAGGAGCAAAACUAAAGACACCAACUCCGAUGCAGUUACCGACAAUGACUACGUGGAAGCAUAAAAAAAUCACUUUCAGAAGAGAACAGAACAGACUGAAGAAAAAAUAUAUAUUAAAAAAAAAUAUAAAAAUGUAAAAUAUACACUGUCAUUCCAAACCUCAGAGUAUCACAAAUAGAGGCAUUUAUGCUGUCCAGAUAUGGUGUCCAAAUACGGUUAAAAGUAUCAGUUGUAGAGUGAAUAAAACAUGUUAGAAGUUGUACUUCUACUUCUAACUGUGGAGUGCGGUUAUAGCUUCCUCUCUCGAGAUGGGCGCGUUUAGAAGUUCUCUCUGUUCAUCUGAAAUUACUUGGGAGCGUUGGGCAAUCAAAGAAUGACACCAUAGAAUCAUGUUUUUGGGAAGAGUAGUAUGACUUAUAGAGAACAGAGUAAAAUUGUUUAAAAGUAUUAUUAAUAAUAGAAGAAUCAAAAGAACGCACUCCCUUGGGGUCUACUAUAGAAGUAAUAAAUUGUGAAUCAGAUUUAGACUUUGACAAAUGAGCUAAAUAUUUACUAGGUUUAUUACCCCAUUCGUACAGCUUUUGCUUUGAAUAUAAUACAUUUGAAUGAGACUGAUGGGUUAGCAAUGAAUUUAAAGAAGCUCGUAGAGCACUUAUUUUUUCUACAGAAGCUGGAGAGGGAUCAUUCAAGUACCUGCUAGUGGCAAUAUUUAACCCUGACUCUACAGAUGCAUCUCAAUAAAUCAGAAUUUCGUGGAAAAGUUCAUUUAUUUCAGUAUUCAAUGCACACAGACUGAAG